CACAUGACUGGAGUGAACGCAAAAUGGCGAACUUUGAUCGGUUUGGUGCCAAUGUCCAACAUUAUGUUUCGCUUUAUGCUUUACCUGCUGGUUUGACAGCUGCAUCUUUUGGAGUUUUAUUUUUCUUGAAGAAAUUUGGAAUAAUAUAUAAUAUUCUUCAUAAGGUAACCCUAAUAAGUGAUAAAAUGUCUAAUUUAGUGGGUGCGGCGCCUUAUUACAAUCCACUCAGGUCCACACAAAUCGUUACAAAUGUCUAAUGACUUAAGAGCACUUAAGACUAACAGACUGAAUUACAAAAUUGACAAAAAAUGAUGCCGAAAUCAACUAUAAAUGAAAGAAGUUGGUUGGAGCUGUCACAGCAAUAGACAUGCUUAACCAACUGAGCCAACUCAUAGUAUGAGUCAUUUCAGUUUAUGCUUUACUUACUGUCGUCCACCCACCCACACCCCAGAGUUUCUGUGGAUGAGUGAACUCCCAUUUGUUUAGUCGCAAAUUUUUACCGGAGUUAACUAUUCUCUUAUUUUAUAUUAAUACACAGAUGGAAUGCAUUUUUUAUAUAAAUUUACGCUAUCCAUGCCACUUAUUUCCCUGGGCUGCCACUUUUCUUACCACAUUGUGUAAAUGUACUUUGUCGCACAUGUGUUUUAGUUGAAGGAAGGGAGUAUGUGCCGGCUGAAAUUAUGCCAGGAUAGGGAGCAACCGCUGGUCAUUGAGACCUCUUGCAGCAUAUCUAGAGGGAUACAAUAAAGUAGCUACGUUCACCACCAAAUUAAUGUACCAACUGAAAUUAAUUCAUUAAAUUUUUAUGUUUUGAUCCUAAUUUAGUAAAUAGCUUAACUCCCUAAACCAGCACAUUCUCUCCCUUUCCCCUCCCCAUUUUAGCAAAUGUGUGUUUUUAUACACAGCUGCCAUCUUGGUUGCCAUGACCUGUCAUUGGUCAUGGCAACCAAGAUGAUGGACUUGAGAAAUGAGUGGCACGCCGAAGUAACAUUUUAAAUACAUUUCAUUAGGUGGUUAAUUAUAAUAUUUAAAACAAGACUAAAUUUUUCCUUUAUCUUGGAAUGACAACUUUUGGCUUUUUUUGGUGGAACCUGCAAUAAAGUGUAUAAAAGUUAGUGUUUUGAUGACACUGUAAGCUGGGUUUUCAUUAUGUUGAAUAUUUAAGAUUUACUCAGAACAGUGGGGGGGGGGGACUAAAUUAGGGGGGAAUUUACGUAUGAAAAAGUGUAUUAGAUAAAACUGUAAGUUGAAUUUUCAUUACUUUGAAGAUUUUAAAAUAAUUUUAAGCUUUUUAGGAGACUGAUUUUAGGUUUGAAGAUUUAUGCUUGAGUUAGGGAGACAUCAUUUUCACACUAGCCUUCAGUUUAGGUAGAGUAAUAGUAGAUUUUAAAGUUUUAAGGAUUUUUGCCAAAAAUAUUUCAUUAAAUUUUUAUCAGUUAAUUAUUAAAUGUUCUUAUGUUAUAAUUUUUAUUCACCCUAAUAUUACUAAAAUGUCCUUUUCUUAAUGAUUUUGUUUAAAAAAUAACUUAUUCUCAUUAUUUUCCUUAUUUUCAUUUCUCUGCAAAUAGCUAAAACACACUCUCUCCCUUUCCGCUCCCCAUUUUCAACCCUUGUUUUUUGCACUACUUUUUUUAUACGUCUGCUGACAUGUCAACAAGAUGGCUACAGUGUAAAAAAAUAAAAGAAGUGCAAUAACAAUUUCAUUUCACUCUGAAAAAUUUUAAUGCAUUAUUUAGUUUCAAACCUCAUAAACACUACCCAAUAAUUAAUUUUUUAAAUUUUAACUUGUACAAUAGGUUGACGAAAAGUCAAAACGUCAUGGAGGAGAACUUGUCGCAGAAGUUCUUAAGGUAAGAAAGUCUGCUCUAAGAGUUCUACAAUCAUUAAGUGUCACAGGAAAGCAGGAAUUUAUAAAAAUACUGACCUUCAAAGACUGAGCAUCUGGAGUGAUUGUUUAAAGUGCUAAUUUUGACUACCUGUAUUCAAUAUUUUUUUCACUUCAAUCACAAAGGUUUUUUGAUAGCAAUAACUUUUCUGGAGCUUGAUUCAUAAAGCAUUAUAAGUAUGACAUUAACUUAUAAACAGUUAUAAAAAAAAAUUUUGCUGUAAUAAUCCCCAUCAACAUGAUAUUAAAAGCCAUAAUAAUCUACUUCCAUGGCCUUCUCAGGCACAUAACAUCAAGCAUAUUUUCACUCUGGCUGGAGGUCACAUAUCCCCCAUCCUUGUGGCAUGUGAGAAGAUAGGUGUCCGGGUUGUUGACACUAGACAUGAGGUAGGUAAAUUUUCUAAUAGCUUUUUAAGACCAUAAAUAUAAUCAAAUUAUGCUAUUUUACUGAAACUGAAUGUGUUUUAAAUUAUAAAGAAUAUUACAUGCUAGAAACGUAAUGAUAAUUCCAAAAUAUAACUGGAUAUCACUGUCAGUAACAUAGGAGACAUGUACACUGGCAAUCUAUGACUCAAAUCCCAUGAAAAAACAAAACCCCCCCACAGCCCCCCCCCCCCCCCCCCCCCAUGUGUGGGAUUAAAAGACUCACUGUGAAAACCAAACAAAGCAAAAAAAGGCUGUUUUACCUGACAGUCACAUAAUUUUGCAUAGUCACAUACACACCGAGUUCAAAUACCGAGUAAAAUUUACAGCUAUUGAAUAACCCUCAACAAGAGCAAACCGAUAAUGAAACUUGCUAAAUCUUCUCUUUUUAUAGGCAGACUCUUCAAGCUUAUUUAAGAUGAGUUUGCUGGUUAACUCUAACCUAACUCAUUUUUAUCUUUUAUGAGUCUUUAAUUUUAAGUUGAGACAGGCUGGGAAUUAUUAUUGCAUUUGCUGGUAUUUAACAGGUUACAGCGGUGUUUGCUGCUGAUGCCGUGGCGAGGAUGUCAGGGACUGUGGGUGUUGCAGCUGUAACAGCCGGGCCAGGUUGAUUCUUAAACAUUUAGUUGGAGAAAUUUUUCAUUUUACUAAUUGUCUAAUUUAUUUAUUAAUUUAUGUAUGAUUAAUUAACAGAUUAUGAGUAUAUUGAAGUGUAGCAUAAUUUUCUUCAUAAAAUUUAAAUUCCACUUUUGGUUGUUUAUUUGUAAACUCUAGGUGUGACCAACACAGUUACAGCAGUAAAGAAUGCCCAAAUGGCUGAGUCCCCUCUCCUUCUGAUUGGAGGUGCUGCAGCCACUCUUCUGAAAGUAAGUUAAAUUUAUUUUGUUAAAAUAAGAAGAUAAAGUAUUAGAGUUCAACAAAAGUAUUUUUUUAAGGAGCUGAUAGAAUCAGAUUGAUUGAUCACAAGAAUCUCUGGUGUUGCUCCUGGUUUAAAUCAUAAAUUGAAUUUUAAAUAUUUUCACUCAUUAACAUCAUAUUAACAGACUGCCAAAGUGUGUGGGGUUUAGUUCGCUCUCCAUAAUGUGACAACAAUAUGUUAAGCUCUAUUGAAAGUGAGAGACAACAGGAAAUGGUGUUUAUAAUCAUUUGUAAAGCUGUGGAAAGAUAUUAAGUGUUCUAAGGUCCAUUCACUGAUCUGAAAAUACACUUAUUUUUAGCUCUCUACAACCAUCAAGUAAGGUUAAAGAUUAAAAUGAUGAUAUCUUUUCAUGGACUCAGUUUUCUCUAAAACAUUUCCCCAGGGAAGAGGUGCCCUGCAGGACAUCGAUCAGAUCUCUCUGUUCAAACCUUUGUGCAAGUUCUGUGCUACAGUGACAUCCGUGAGGGACAUUAAACCAACUCUCAGGAAAGCUCUGCAGAUUGCUCAGUCUGGAACUCCUGGUGAGACUUGGCCAUUGCUUUUAAUCAAAGUUAUUGGAUAUCUGAUUUCAUCACUUCAAAUUUUGACCUACACUAUCACAAAUAAAGUUGGUUUUUUUUGGCCAAAUCGAUGGUGUUGCUAUGGAAACUAAAAUGGGACCCAGCUGCACACGUGAAAGGGGGGCGGGGGCCUAAACAGGAUGCUUCCUUGAAUUUUAUGAAUGGUACUUUGAUGAUGGUAUUGGGGUCAGCACUAUGGAGAGGAGUGAACUUGACCCUUCAUCAACUUUUUAGGCUCCUCUUUUUUGGGCUCUCUCCCCCCCCCCCCUUUCCAUGAAAUUCAUUUCACAGGUCUCUGAAAUCUCUGUUAAUUUUUUGGACAUUAUGGUCACCCUUCAAAAAGACAGCCUACUCACUUUCUGCCUACUUUAAACUUACUGACAGCCACAGCUAUUUACUCUACUCUUCUUCUCACCCUAUAUCCUGUAAGGAACUUAUUGCCUUUUCUCAACUACUUCGUCGAUGUUGUCAGUCUGACGAUGACAUUUGGGACAAUGCACUUGAGACAAUUGCCUAUUUCCGGUGUUGGUCCUACCUGGAAACAGUCCUUUGUUCAGCCCUUUAAAAGGUUAAAAUCAUCACUCCUUCAGGUCUUGUCUGAUUGACAAUGGCGACAGGACCAAACUUAUUCAUACUUAUCAUCCGCCCCAUCUCUUAGCCAAACAGGUUUUUAAAAAAAAAACUGUGCCUUUCUCCCCACUGAUCUGACACCCCCAACAUUUUCUCAACUCUGCCUCUCAUUAUGUUCAGAAGAGAUAAGAAUCUAUGAGAUCUCCUUUUUCUUAGCCCCUUCCAUGCUGCCUCCUCCCACUUUGGGACCAAGCCAUGUGGACACAGUCAUUGUAAAACUUGCCCUUUUGUCAUCCAGAUUUAACAGACUUUUUUCCCUAAGGGUAGUUUUCAGAUAGAUAAGAGACUUUUUCCUUUCCACAAGCUGCAAUUUUAUCUACACCAUUGUUUGUACCCGCUGCCAUGUGGCUAAUCUGGCAAGAUGGGUUGGCAUCUUUCAGACAGAUGUACUGAACAUCUAGAAAUAUUAAGGAAGAUAAACAAUGUCCUAUCUGAAAACAAUACCACAAGGACCACAAGCGAUUGGACAAUAACCGAAAUUGUUUCCUGCACCAACACACCUGCCGGGGUGAACUUAGAGAAUUUCAUAUAUUCUCCUUCACUUGUUUGAGCUUUUCUCUACCCCCCUCCUUUUCCGUUGUCAACCUACUUUUCCACCCCCUUUCGCCUUGUACUAACUAUUUUAUCUACUAAUGGUCCACCACAUGCCUCUUGCUGCCCUCUUGGAUACGACACCUUGGAUACAACAUUACAGCCAAGUUUUAAUUUUAUAUUUGUUCCCUGAAGAAGGAGGCUUUUUGCCAACACUUUCCUUAUUUUGUUACAUCCUUUUUUUUAGGUUUUAUCAUACCUUGUUUCUAAUAUUUCCUGCCUAAAGUGGGAACAAGUUUCAAGGGCUCUACUCUGAAUAUUUAGUUUUGCUCCAUUGCUCUGACUCUGGCAAUCAUACAAUAAUUAACAUGAGACAUCCUGGCAAUCAUACUACAAUAAUUUACAUGAGACAUGCAGACUAUCACAAAAUACAGUACCGGUACUGGGUACUUAACAUGAGACAUUGUGGUAUUCACACAAUAAUCAACUUAAGACAUCCUGGCAAUCAUGCAAUAUUAACAUGAGACAUAAAAUAACAACUUUCCAGUUUGUAUGUGAGUAGAUUUAUUUUAUUUUUUUGGAACUGAGUGUAAAAUAAAAUAAUUUCUGUAUCAGCUUUGUAACAUUGUAAAAAUAAUAUAGAUUAAUAAAAAAAAAAAUAAAAAAAUGAAUUGCAAUGAAAAUAUUGUUAUCAAAGAAAGGUUAAUUGUUUAUUUUAUUUUUUUUUUUUAAAGUCUUGUUACUUCCUUGUUUUUAGGACCAGUUUUCGUUGAGUUCCCAAUAGACACACUUUAUCCGUAUCAACUUGUGAAAAAAGAAAUAGGAAUGAAAGACACAGGUCCAUCCAGCUUGGGUCAACGUGUAGUCAACUGGUAUGUUACUAAAAAAAAUUAUGUAUAAUUCAAUAUUCAGGCUUUUCACAACUGUUGUGACUCCUGACUGCCACUUAUUUCAUACAAAGCUUUUUCUGAUUUUCAAGCUGCAUUGCCACCUACUGAAAUUAUAUGUCGGAAAUGUGAGCCGUUAAGAUUUCAACCUAUCAAAACUCAUAAUUAUCUGAAACAAGAGGCCUUUUUGAAAUUUAAAAAAAAAAAAAAAAAAAUCUCCUUCCAGACAGACAAAUGUAGGGAUUUAUGUUAUAAUUAUUUCUUCCCCCCCCCCCCCUGGAAAUAAUUACAAUUUAUAAAUCCGUUAUCUUCAUAUCUAAUCUUUCUUGAUUACCCCCUUUUAACGCCUAUAAAAUUUGGCCAAGCAGCAAAGUAAAAAUUUAUUGAACAUUCUCCAGUUCAGAAAUGCAUCGAACUGAUAUCACGAGCCAAGAAGCCAGUUAUUCUUGUUGGAAGCCAGGCUACUCUACCACCUACGCCUGUAGAGGAUCUGAGGAAAGCUUUGGAGGUGAGUUCUUUUUUAAUCUGAAAUUUACCCAUAUCAGUGUUUGAUUGAUUGAUUGGAUACUUACAUGGCGCUUGUAUCCAUGCUAUUUUAGCAUGCUCACAGUGUUUUAAUCUUAAGCAAAAUUCCCCUAAUUUAAAUUCUUAUUUAUUCAAUUGUAAUUUAUUGCUCUCCUUGAUGCUGAGUCAAACUUAAAAUUAAAGCUAAAAAAUGUUGGUUCUCCUCUGAUUAGACUCUAGGAAUCCCAUGCUUCCUUGGGGGAAUGUCUCGUGGUCUGCUUGGCCGUUAUAGUGAAAUACAAGCCAGGCAGCAGAGAAGGGAGGCACUCAGGGAUGCUGAUUUGAUUGUCUUGGCAGGUAAAGCGUGGAUGAAUUUUACCAUGUAAAAUUAUAAAUCCUUGUUGAUAAAGAAAAUCUCAUUCUUAUUACAAUUUAUGAAAGACAAUUGUUAUUAUGUAAAUUUUUGUUUUAGAAAUGUGCAUUUGGCUCUAUUAAUAUUAAGUGUUUUGGAUUUCUUUUAGUCUUAGCAGUAAGUAUCAUUUUUUUUUAAAGAAAUUAAAAGAAAAAAUGGAUCAAAUUAAUCCAUGAUGUGUAUGUUUCCAGGAUCUGUGUGUGAUUUUAGGCUAAGUUAUGGACGUGUGUUUCCUAGGAGGACUAAAAUUAUAGCAGUAAACAGAGAUAAAGAUCAAUUGUUUAAGGUAAAACAUUUUACUCAUUGGUAUUCUUUUAAAUACCGUAGGAAAGUUAUUGGAGUUCGACUUCAUUCUCGGGGAUGUAAUCUGUUGUAGUGUGUUACUCUGAAGAAAGGGAUGGUUUCUUACUCUGAAAGAGGAAUGAUGCAUUACUCUGAAAGAAGGAAUGGUGUAUUUCUCUGAAGGAAGGAAUGAUGUAUUACUCGGAAGGAGGGAAUGAUAUAUUACUCUGAAAGAAGAAUGGUGUAUUACCCGGUACUCUGAAAGAAGAAUGGUGUGUUACUCUGAAAGAAGAAAUUAGUGUAUUACUCAGAAGGAGGUAAUGAUGUAUUACUCAGAAAUAAGAAUGGUGUAUUACUCUGAAAGAAGAAUAGUGUUACUCUGAAAUAAGAAAUUGGUGUGUUACUCUGAAAGAAGGAAUUGAUGUGUUACUCUGAAAGAAGAAUGGUGUGUUACUCUGAAAGAAGAAAUUUGUUGUGUUACUCUGAAAGAAGGAAGGGUGUAUUACUCUGAGAGAAGGAAUUGGUGUAUUACUCAGAAAGAUGUAAAGGUUUAUUACUCUGACAGGAGUAUAUUGAAUUGACCUAUGAAGGCCAGGGUUCACUGGUAACCCUCUGCAGAUAGUUCUUUUAGCUUAUGGCAUUUUAGGGGGUGAAAUGGGGCAACUAUUUGGCCCUAACUCUAACUCAUUAGAAACAGAAGUAACAUAAACAAUCUUGAGGGAUUAUUAUUUGUUCCCCGCGGUUUAAAGGGGAAAUUAAAGGUACCAUCCCAAAACUACAAGUGUGCAAAUAAAUUUUUUGGUCUUUGGCCAGGAGAAGGUUCUUGAAACUCCUCUUUUUUUUUUGUAUAAAGAGAACCAGACUCAAUGCUUCACAGUUGAAUGAGCUGCAAAACAACAGGUUUGGCGGGGCUUCUAUCCACCAUUUUCUUUAUGUGCUUUGGUUCUAGAACCCAUUACUUUUCUAGGAAUAAAAACUGUUUUCUUUAGAAUUCCGACAUGUUCUGGAAGCCCACGCUUGCUGUCCAAGCAGAUGUUGCCAGUUUCCUUGUGUCUGUGGUCAGUGGCUUGAAAGGCUACAAGUGUGACUCAGAAUGGGUCAAGACACUACAGAAGAGAGAUCAAGAAAAGGAGUCUGCAAAUUUGUAAGUUUUUCAAGUUUAUAUCAUUCAGCGUUUUUAAACCCAUCUAUCAAUAGGGAAGUUUAAAAGUUGAAAAUGUAUAACAUUAGAACAAAUUAUCCUACUUAAUUUGUUUCUAGUUGUAAAAUUAUUUUAAUUUAAUUGUUAAACUAUUAAUAAAUAUACUGUUAAGGAAAGUACCGGUAUCUAAAGCUAAAACUUAUACUUCAUACAUAACAGUGUGAACUUUUACCACCUCUUUUGAUUUUUAUCUACAGAGCUAAAUGUUCUGAGACAACCGAUGUCCACCUCAACCCUGUCAAGGUUCUUCAUGCACUUGAAGAGGUUCUGUCUGAUGAUGCAGUCCUGGUGGCAGACGGUGGGGACUUUGUUGCUACGGCAGCUUAUAUUCUUAGGUGAAAGGCUAUAAAUUUUUUUUAAAGUGAAUUCUUAAGGCUAGAAAAUUUUAUUUUUUGUGGGGUAGAAUUACAUUUUUGAAGGUGAACGUGAGCAUAGAUUUUUUUAUUAUUUGGACAGCUUAUCAGUUUAAUUCUAGUUUAGAUUCUUUCUACGUAUAUUGUAAAUCAUAUAAGUAUACACUUUGAUGCAAUCAAACAUUUCUAAAACUUACUUUGUCUCUGUAAAUGAAGUGCGCAUGCUGUUUUAGUUCAGUGACACCUUGCUUUAUGUGAAAACAUCUGUUUAAAAAUUAAAAUGUUAUGUUGUUUGACUGUUUGUGCUCAUCUUGAUGUCUUCAGGCCCCGAGGUCCUCUAAGGUGGCUUGACCCAGGUGCAUUUGGAACUCUGGGAGUAGGCGGUGGCUUUGCUCUAGGUGCUAAGCUCUGUCGACCAGAGUCUGAUGUUUGGAUCAUAUAUGGAGAUGGUUCACUGGGAUACAGUAUAGUUGAAUUUGAUACCUACACAAGGCAUAAGGUAUAAAGAGAUCAAGUGACAUUAAGUCUCUUCAUCUUAACUAAAGUUAUUUUGAAUAUUUAUCAGCAGGUCUAAAAGUAAAUAAAAAUAGAACAUGACAUUAUUCAAAAAAAAUAUAUGUAAGUGGAUUGAAGGCAUAAACAGAAGAGGGGCUGCAAGCAUCACUGAGGCAGGUAUUAGUAUGGAGCUUGCCAGGGACAAGAUAGUAUGGGAGGCCAAAGAACACAAUGAGAAGCCUGAGUCACUGAGUCAGUAGUGAUGGGAAUUAAAACUGGCGGGACUUUGAGAGAAUGGUGAUGGAGAAAAAUGGAGAGAGAUCCUUGAUGUCAUGGAUAAAUUGAAUACUGAGUGCAAUAUGAAUUUAACGGGUGCCACUAACUAUUGACUAAUAUAAAUCAGUAUUUCAAGUGAAUCAUGUUUUAACAGACACCCAUCCUGGCUCUUGUGGGCAAUGACGCAAGCUGGAUGCAGAUUGCUAGAGAGCAGGUUCCCAUGUUUGGAUCAGAUGUUGCUUGUAAACUUGAGGUAAAUUUUUUAAUUUCCUUUCAAUGAUUUCAAACAAAUAAAUGUGUGUACUUGAGACACAGUAACUAUAUCAAACAAAUAUUUACAUUCAAAAAAUGAACCAUAUUUGUUUCUGUUCCAUAUUUUAAGUUAAUGUUUUCAUAAAUUUUGUUUGGUAUUAUUUUUUUGUAUCCUUCAAAAAAGCAACUCUGCAAUACUAAUUAUGUUUUGAUAUUCUUGGUUGUUUAAUUUUUUUUUUUCCCCCCAUAGUUUUGCAAGUAUGAAAUGUCAGCUGAAGGAUUUGGUGGAAAAGGCUUUAAACUGGAUCGCACAAAUGAGGAUGAUAUACAAAAAGUGUUACACCAAGCUAUGACAUUGUCUCGUGCAGGCAGCAGCGUGCUGAUCAAUGUUUUAAUUGGAAAGACCAACUUCCGUGAAGGAAGCAUAUCUGUUUAAAAAUUUCAGUAAGAAUUUCAUAUCUUUUUUUGUAUUGUUUGUGAAAAAUCCAGUUGACUGGAUAAAUUAUUAAAAUGUUUCUUGAAAAAGAAAAGCAAUGGUGAUGCUUACAAUGACAGAUUGUUUAAAUAUUCACAACCUCAGACAUAUUAGUAGUCUGCAUUCAUUCUCUUUUCUCACAGACUUCUUAUUUUUUAAUGAAUGAAUUUGAAUUUUGAUGAACUAUUUUAGAUAUUUUUUUCUUCUUUCAAUGAAGAAACUGUAAUUUUGAUAAAUUAUAUUUGAUCUGUCAAAAUAUUUUAAACAGACAGGCCUUUCUUGACUUUUCACAAGAAUUUUUAAGCAGUAUUUAGUUCACUAUUGACUUUAUUUCAACUAUUAGAACAAUAUAACAAUGCUGUGCAUUGAGCAAGAAGUAACCAUUAGCUCUUUCAAUGAUUUGUUUUGUGUGAAUUGACAUUCCAUUACCACAGUAGAAUUAUUACUAGAUGUAUACGGUGGAGAAAUUUAAAAUCUAUUUUAACGAAAUAAUUACUUGUCUCAAUAAUUUUAUUUUUAAAAAAUUAACAAUAAAAAAUAUGUUUACGAAAUUAAUUAAUUUUAUUAGAGUAAAUGUUGUUUCCCCAUAUCAUUGUUGUCCUUCACAUUCUGGAAUAUAUAUCUGUUUGUGCGUGAGCUCCGGAGUCUGUUAGUGAAAUUAAUCAAUCAGAACACUUAAAGUAUAGUGAAAUUAAUCAAUCAGAACACUUAAAGUAUUCUUAGGGUAUUUCAUUAUGUGUACAUAGGACAUUUUUUCCUAUUUUACUUUAAAAAGUGUUGUUAUUUUUUCUGUGCCAUAAAAUGUGUAUCUUUAAUUUGUGUUUGAGGGGGGGGGGGGGGGGGGGAGAGUAUGUGGAUGACUAAAAAAGUGCAGUGAAUAAAUUAUACAAGAGUGAUCAACAUCAGUUGUCUGGUGUUUUUUAUACGUCUGGGAUUAAAAGUAGCAGUGUUUCAUUUGUAAGGAAGGGACUAGAAAUAAACUUUUGAAAAGCCCUGACUUUAAUCAUUUUAGUGCGCCUCUUUCUGAUUUUUUUAUCAAUGUUAUGGUAUCUCCAUUUUAUUCUCUGCGAUAUUCUGAGUGUUUUAAUCAAAUAGAUUUCUCAAGAUGGAAACUUUUUUCAAAAUAAAACAUAUUUCAUAUAA